AUGAUUGCUUUGACUACCGAUAUAUUGACUUCAAUUCAGAAUAUUAGCUACUUAUGUCUCAUUGGUCACUACAUUGAUGAAAAUUGGGUUAUACAUAAAAGAAUUCUCAGUUUUGUGCCUAUUAGUAGUCACAAGGGAAGGGAGAUAAGCAAAGUGGUUGAGAAAUGCAUUUUUUAUUGGGGUAUUGAAGAUAAAGUGUCUACUAUAACGGUGGAUAAUGCUAGCGCUAAUGACAUGGCAAUCGCUUACUUGAGGGGCAAAUUAGCACUACUUCUGGAUGGUGAGUUCUUCCAUAUGAGAUGUACUGCUCAUAUUAUGAAUUUGAUCAUGAAGGAUGGUCUUAGUGAGACAAAAGAUUGUAUUAGCCAAAUUCGUAAUUCAGUUAAGUAUGUGAAGAGUUCCCCUGCUAGAGCCGAAACGUUUCAGAGAUGUGUGAAAGAAGAAAAGAUUGCUUAUAAAGGUGGUGUGUGUCUUGAUGUUGCUACUAGAUGGAAUUCCACCUAUUUGAUGUUAGAUGUUGCAGUAAAAUUCAAGAAAGUUUUUCAAAGGUUGGAAGAUGAGGAUCCCAACUACAUUGCGGAUUCUACAAAAAAAAUGUCAAGGUCAAACUAUGUGACUUCUAACACUUACUUUCAAGAGACAAUUGGUAUUGUGCUUUGUUUGAAUGACUGGGAGAAAGAGACAAAUCCAAUACUUAACAACAUGUCAAAGAAAAUGAAAGAGAAGUUUGAUAAGUAUUAUGGAAGUGUUGAUAGAUCGAACAUGAUGGUAUUAAUUACGGCGGUUUUAGAUCCUUGGUUUAAAAUGAAAUAUGUGGAAUGGGGGUACAAAAAGAUUUAUGGCAAUGAUUUGCAAAAGGUUGGGUUGAUGUCUAGAAAGUUGAGAGAUUUGUUACAACGAUUGUAUGAUUUUUAUAUGGAGGUUGUAUCAAGUUUCCAAGAAAGUCAAACUUAUUGUUCUUCCCAAAUUAUCGGAAUUGGCCAGUCUUCAGUUACUAGUGUGAGUUGUGAUGAGACUGCGUACAACCCCUCCUUAGACGAGUAUGAGGAGGAGAUGGAGGUAGAGGUUCAUGAUAUGACCAAAUCAGAGUUAGACAUUUACCUCGAGGAGAAAUGUCUACCCGUGAAGUCCAACUUGAACAUACUAGAUUGGUGGAAAGUAAAUGCUGCAACGUAA